AUGUUGCGGCGGGACCUUCUACAAGUUCUUUCUAGGGAGUUAAACACUAUGGGAGUUGUGGAGGAAGCAGUAGCUAACACGCUGCAAGGAGCGAGCACACAGGAUGGCCAAAACAAGGGGUUCCAAUCGCUGGGAGUCGCCAUUCCUGCAGACGAAGUGAAUGAAGGGGUUGUACUGGGGUCGCGCUCUACAGACAAGGUCCAGCUGCCUGAACGGGAAAGUGGUGCUGGAGAUAAGCGACCUGCGGACGCAUCGGUUGACGUGCGUCAUAUGCAGCAACCAAGUGUGCAAGCUAGAGAAACCGUCCCAGGUUAUGUUGAUUUCGGUGGGGAGCUUCCUCAUGACUUUCACAACGAUGGAAGGGAUGCGGGCUUCGGAGACGGGUGGGAAGAAGAGACCGAAGAGAGAAGCAGGUCACCGUCGGAUCAUCGCCGAAGGCGGCGAUCUAAGAAGGACGAGAUUAUCGAACUGUUGCUAGAGCUGGGACGAGAAGUUCGUGACGGGAGGGCUGAAAUGAAGGGAAAGAUGCAGCAGAUAGAGGCCGACAUGCAGCGCUCUUUAGAGGAUGUUAAGACUUCAACAGCGUCCUCACUGCAACAACUAGCACAGUCCGUUUCUGGUGUGGCCGUUGCAGAACGCGUGUCAUCCUCUGUGGCCACCGCAGUGAAAGCUGCGACAACGCAUUUGCACUUGCGCGACACAAACGCUGUUCCGGUUUUCACCGAGAAGCAGCUUGAAGAUGUCGUCGCAGCGGUGAAGAAGGCAGCCGCAGAUGCCCUUGAGUCGGCGGCACAGAAAGGGAUGUGGACGCUGGCUGUCCCCACUGCUUUACAUCAGUCGAUCGAGGAGUCUGUCCAGCGGGCCAUCUCGCGCGAUGCCCUAUCUACCGACGGCGCUGGUCUACCACCGAACCCUAAACAUGCGGUUGUCGAAGCCACCUUCGCCCCAACUCCCAACCUCGCGAAUCAAGGGGCUGCGAAUGUUGCGAAUGUCUCGCCGGUCGCGGAGACGGAGGAUGCGCGGAUUUUUCACGAGGUGUAUACUGUACCAGUAACGCAGGGUGAUGUAGUGGACAGGUCGAGGAAAGGAGGCGACGUGAAUUUCGCACGGCAAGUAGUCAACAGCUGCGCUGUGGAGCAGUGCAAUACUUUGCCUGUGGCAGCGGGGGAGCGUACGGGCACUGCUUUCGAAGUGGCGAAAACCAAGACAACCGAACUCGAGUAUGCGGGACAGAGCUGGGAGAUAGCCCUUUGCGCUGGGACAGCAAUUGCCGCUGGAGAACGCUUCAAUGGGGCAUUGGAGAAGCCUCCUUACGGAGUGGACACCACGCUAUUUCUUGCCACUUUAGCCGGUACACUCUCGAGCCUUUGGGCAACAUGCAGAGGCCUAGGUGAGCGAGAGGUGAUGCUCGAAGCUCUAGGCGCAGCAUCCGCCGCUGGUGGUGCGCCUACUUUCUCGAAACUUGCUGUUGCUGCAGCGGGUGCUGUCCUAGUCGCCAUGGGUCAGCAGAAGGAGCCUUUGACGUUCAAGAGAGCUGUAGAGAAUGUGAAGGCGUCUGCUUUGUCUGGAGUUCGGCUCGACCACGUUGCAUGGCCAAAUGUUGUCGAGCUGGCUGCAGAUGUGGCGGUCCGUUGGUGCUUGUGUGGGCACGCUGUCAAGUGGCUGCGAUCGAGGCGGUGUGGAGCGGUAGACGUUGUAACAGAGCCCCGCUUGCGUGGGAAAAAAAACGGGAGGGGUGAGGGAGGAGCGGUGGGGGGAGGAGCGGAUGCGUAG